UCACGUUGGUAUUAAAAUGUCCAGAAAUUGUGGUGGCAUGAUCAUGCUUGCCGUAAUCGCUUUCCUCGUGUGUCUCAUAAAUUCUGGAGAGAGUGUCGAGUACAAAAUAGUAAAGACUAAAAAUGGGGCUGUUCGAGGUAUUAGUGACACGACAAUGAUGAAAAAUGUCAGUUUCUACUCGUUCAAAGGAAUUCCGUAUGCAAAAGCACCUAUUGGUGAACUGAGAUUCAAAGCUCCUGAACCAGUUAAAUCGUGGGCCCCAGCAAUAUUGAAUGCCACCGCGCAUGGAAGUAAUUGCUUUGGACGGCCCAUAUUUGCCGCUAUUAAUCCACCUCAAAGUGAAAAUUGCCUCUUUUUGAAUGUAUACGUACCAGCCGAUGUUCAACCCGAUGAAAAAUUGGCAGUUUUGGUAUAUAUUCACGGCGGUUCAUUUUUGGGUGGUUCUGGCGACGAUGAUAUUUAUGGUCCUGACUUUAUAAUCGAGAAGCGUGCAAUUCUGGUUACAUUAAAUUAUCGGUUGGGAAUUCUCGGUCUUAUCACAUUUAAUACCCAAGAAUACUCUGGUAAUAUGGCAUUGAAAGACCAACAAUUAGCACUGAAAUGGGUUAACGAAAAUAUCGGACGAUUUUCGGGUGAUCCAAAAAGAGUUACACUCUUUGGUGAAAGUGCUGGCUCAACUAGUACUCAUUAUCAUCUCCUAUCGAGUAAAUCUCGACGCUACUUCCGCAAUGAAAUUGCAAUGAGUGGAACAGUUGAAAAUAUUGGAUCAUUGUCCGAUGGAAAUGCACUUCUUAAAUUUGCGUACACAAUUGCAAGCGAAUUGGAUAGUCCACAGGAAAGUUUAGAUUCAUUAAUUGCAUUUUUCAAAACGGUACCUGCUGAAAAAAUCAUAAAAUUUGUAAAUGAUCCUUCAUAUCGUGGAGAUAAUCCGGUUACGAUUUUUUCACCAAUCAUCGAAAAAUCGGACGCAAUUCGACCAUUUAUCACUGAAAAUCCAGACAAAAUUUAUAAAAAUCCCUACAUAAGCACUGACAUAAUGUUUUCAGUUUGUUCAUUGGAAAUUCUGUCUUUUUAUUUGACUGGCUUAUUGCAAACUUUAUAUCCCUUGGAACAGCUCGAUCGAAAUUUUAGUAUUCCGUUUCCAUUUAAAAAUACCACUUUACAAUAUGAUUCCCCGAAAUACACAGAAUUGGCAGCGGAAGUUCGCGAAUUCUAUUUUAAAGAUGCAGCCAUCAAUGAACAGUCUCUGAUACAAUACCUGAAACUAUUUUCUGACAUUUUAUUUACAUAUGGGAUAGAUAAAGCAGCAAAAUUGCAUGCCACAAAAUUAUUUGCUAAAUCAUAUUAUUUUCAAUUUUCCGUUGACUCGAAGUUGAAUGUUCAAAAACGAGCUGCUUCAAUUGGUAAAAAUCUGACUAUAGCAGGAGCAGUACAUGGCGAUGACGUGUGCUACAUAUUUGGUUGUCGGUACUUCCGUUCUUUUUACAAUGAGGUUUUCAGUACUCCAGAUGACGAGCAAUCGAAAGUCAGCUUGAAAACAAUCGAUAAUAUGGCAACCUUGUUCACAAAUUUUGCAAAAUAUGGAAAACCGAUUCAGUAUGGUAAACCGAUCAAAGGAUUUUCGCCCGUUCAAAUGAAUCGAGUGAAUUUUCUUGAUUUCACCAACGACGGUUUGAUACUUGGUUUAGAUCCAAAUGGAGAAGCCAUCAAGUUUUGGACGCGUAUUGGAGAAAAACUACACGAAAAUAAUUAGAACUUAUGUUUUGACGUCUAUGCUAUUUCAACAAAAUGAUUUCAAUGGACCAGGACAAAGUAUUCCACUAUUUCUUCACCGAAUUUUUUUUACAACAGAAUGAAAAAACGUAUUUUUUUUAAGCCAAUGUUUUUUUAUGAAUUUUUCUUUGAUGAUAUAUUCAAACCACAACGUUACUGUCGUCAUGUUAAAAAAAAGUAAUUUGGAUUGUAAAAUAAUAAAAUGAAUAACAAUUCGUGGAAUCUA